GCUUCACCCCUUUUAUAACACUAGCAUUCAACGAUAAACAUGCCUUCAACUGAAAAUAAGUCACUGUCGAUUUCUAUCACCCCUUUACCCAAACACAAGUUUGGUUGCAAGAUCCAGUUACCUGAAUACUGUAACAAUGAUCCAAUAAACUUGAAUGACAAUGAUUUCAACCAACUUUUUGAAGCCGUGCAUAAGUACUUGGUGGUAGUGAUUCCUGGCUUAGCCGAGUUAAAACCAAAAUCCCAAUAUUUGUUGACCAAGAAAUUUGAUCCAACUAUCCCUGAACCAAAAGGUGAAGGUUUUGGUGGAUAUGGACAUGGUAAAGAGUUCAGACACGAACAGUCUGUGUUAAGAAAAGAUGGAACUUCUGUCAAAAGUCAACCGCAAGUCCAGAUCUUAGGACAAGGAACAUUCACCGCUGGUGAACCCGGUAAUGAAAACGGUGAAGAUAUAAGCUUAACUCACCCUUCGCAUACCUCAUUCCACAAAGACGUCUUAACACCUGAUGAGAUCAAGCAUGAACACAAAACCAGAUUCUACAGAUGGCACAUUGAUUCUGCUUUGUACGAGUUAUCUCCACCAGUGGUUACUACAUUGUUGGGUAUCAAGGUUCCACCUGCCACCCAAACCAACACCAUCACCUACGGACGUGAUUCUGACGACCAAUUGGAAGUUGCUCAAGGCGCUACAUGUUUUGUCAGUGGGGCUGAAGCAUUCAGAUUAUUGUCUGAUGAACAAAAGGAAUACGCUUUGAACACCACCAUCGAGUACGCUCCUCAUCCAUAUAUUUUCAUUUCUCCUGCCAGAGCUACUUCUGAUGGUUUGACCAUGGUCAGCGAAGGUAAAGAAACCCCAUUCGACGAAUUACCUGCUUGGGAAGAACAAAAGGUGAAGAAAUUGCCCAUGGUUUGGACUAACCCCGUCACCAAGCAACACCACUUGCAAAUCCAUGGAUGCUGUCUCUUCAAAUUGCACACGAAAAAAUCCGAUGGAUCUGUGUCUAUUCUCGACUUGGAAGACUCUCGUAAAAAAGUUCACCUGUUGAUGAGACCUGCUAUUGCUCCACAGAAUGUGUUGGCUCAUGCUUGGGGUGAAGGUGACUUGGUUAUCUUUUUCAACAGAGGAGUCUGGCAUUCAGUUACUGGAGAAUUUAAAGGAGUGAAAUCCGAUGGUCAAGAUGAAAGAAGAUUGAUGCACCAGUGUAACAUUGCUAGUGGAGUCGAUCCUAAGACAACCUUAUAACCCUCUUUAUGUUUUGAAUGUUUAUGUAUUUAUUAAAAUGUAUGUGAGUCUUUUGCGAUCUUUCAGCCAUCCAAGGGUUGUGCGGAACGCUUUUCAACC